GGGGCAGGAGCGCGCCGAGUGACGUGUCCUCUCUCCCCCCCCAGAUCCCGGAGCUUAGCAUGAUUCAUCUACAGCUGCCGCUAAGAUGCUGCGCGCAGCCCCGAUGUAGCGCUUGAGCUCCGACCCUCUCGCCGCACCCCCGGCCCGGAGACUUUCCCUUUCCCUUUGGGCACCUCGGGAAAAGGCAGGCAAGAUGGAAGAAAUCCUGAAGAAGCUGCAGAAGGAAGCGUCGGGGAGCAAAUACAAGGCGAUCAAGGAGAGUUGCACCUGGGCCAGCGAAACAUUAGAAUCUCUGGAUGCUACUACAAAGAUCCCUCCUUAUCAGUUAAGGGAGAAGUGUCUCCUUCCGCUGCAACUUGCUUUGGAGAGCAAGAAUAUGAAACUGGCACAGCAAGCUCUAGCAGGGAUGCAGAAGCUACUGUCUGAUGAACGAUUUGUAUCCAUGGAAACUGACUCUGAUGACAAGCAGUUGCUUAAUCAAAUGCUGAACGCAGUCAGAGUGACUCCAUCUCUCAAUGAGGACCUGCAGGUAGAAGUGAUGAAGGUGUUGCUCUGCAUAACAUACACUCCAACAUUUGAGUUGAGUGGAAGUUCUGUUCUUAAGAUUGCUGAAGUUUGUAUUGAAACUUACAUUUCCAGUUAUCACCAACGGAGUAUUAAUACAGCUGUACGGGCAACCCUCAGCCAGAUGUUGAGUGAUUUGAUUUUACAAUUACGACAAAAACAAGAAAAUACAAUGACCGAAAGCCAAGGAGUUCUUCAAGGUUUCAAGAAUUCAGAUUCCACCACUGAGUCAUUCUGUGAUGAUGUUGUCUCUGUCUUCAUGGUCCUUUGUGAAAAACUUCAGACAGCCAUCAGUGAGAAUCGGCAGUUGCAGCUUCUCUACCUGGAAUGCAUUCUUUCCAUGCUGAAUAGCUUCUCUUCUACUAUGCACCACCAUAAAGGAUUCACUGACCUCAUCUGGAAGCAGCUAUGUCCAGCCCUGAUAGUAAUCUUGGGCAAUCCGGUUCAUGACAAAACAAUCACAUCUGCUCAUAGCAGCACUGGUCAUGAAGCUGAUUCUCCUUCUUCCGGAGUGUCUGACCACGGCCGAGGAUCAGGCUGCUCUACAACUGCCCCUGCCCUUAGUAGUCCUGUUGCACGGACUAUCUACUACAUCGCAGCGGAGCUUGUUCGGUUGGUGGGCUCAGUGGAGUCCAUGAAGCCUGUUCUGCAAUCUCUCUACCAUCGGAUGCUUCUGUAUCCUCCACCACAGCACAGAGUAGAAGCUAUCAAGAUCAUGAAAGAGAUACUUGGAAGUCCUCGGCGGCUUUGUGAUUUAGCAGGUCCCUGUUCCACAGAACCAGAAUCAAGAAAGAGAUCCAUUUCAAAAAGAAAAUCCCACCUGGACCUUCUUAAACUAAUCUUGGAUGGGAUGACUGAAGCCUGCAUAAAAGGUGGCAUUGAAGCCUGCUAUGCCUCAGUAUCCUGUGCCUGUGCCCUGCUUGGAACUCUGGAUGAGUUAAGUCAAGGAAAGGGCCUGGAUCAAGAGCAAGUGCAUCUGCUUCUCCGACGGCUGGACGAGUUAAAAGAGGGGGCUGAGACCAGUAGAGAUUCCAUGGAGAUCAAUGAUGCUGAUUUUAGGUGGCAAAGACGUAUCCUGUCAUCAGAACAUGCCCCUUGGGAGCCAGGCCAUGAAAAGAGUCCUGACAUCAGUAUUAGUGUUACCACAGAUACUGGUCAGACAACCCUAGAAGGAGAUAUGGGACAGACGACACCAAAUUCUGACAUCCGUAAAAAUUCUUUGCAAUCCCCAGCUGGACAAGCAGGCAAAGAAAUUCAUUAUAAAGAGCCAGAAUCAGAAACAAUUGACCAACCGGAUGUAGUUCAACGGAGCCAUAUUGUUGUCUAUCCAGAUAUAACCAAUUUCCUUUCUGUUGAUUGCAAGGCCCGUUCCUGUGGAUCUAGAUACAGCGAGAGUAAUUUCAGUGUUGAAGACCAGGAUUUUUCCAGAACCGAAUUUGAUUCAUGUGACCAAUAUUCUAUGGCAGCAGAAAAAGACUCUGGAAGGUCAGAUGUGUCGGAUAUAGGUUCAGAUAACUGUUCUUUAGCUGAUGAAGAACAGACGCCACGAGAUUGUCCAGGUCACAAGUCUUUACGAACUGCCGCCCUUUCCUUGAAGCUACUUAAGAACCAGGAAGCAGAUCAGCAAAGUGCCAGAUUGUUUAUCGAGGCUCUUGAAACACUCCUUCCUCGUCUUAUCACUCUUGCUACAGUAGAAGAGGUGGAUUUGGCUCUCCAGAACUUUUCUUCAACUUUUUGUUCAGGCAUGAUGCAUUCUUCAGGAAUUGAAGGGAGUGUCAGCCUUCACUUCCAGAACCUGAUGAAUGCAGAUAGCCUCUAUGCGGUCUGUCACUACAUAUUCCUGCUCAACCUGAAGCUGUCAAACGCAGAAUACUAUCAGAAGAAACCAGCCCAGUCUGCUGUAUUACUGAAAGAAUUCAUGAAACAGGUCCAAUCCAGUGGAGUAUUGAUGGUGUUUUCUCAGGCCUGGGUUGAAGAACUUUACCAUCAAGUAUUGGAGAGAAAUCUUCUCGGGGAAGCUGGUUAUUGGGGAAAUCCUGAAGAGCAUAGCCUCCCACUCAUCACUAUGCUGACGGACAUCGAUGGCUUCGGAAGCAGUGCAAUAGGCGGGCAGCUGAUGGCUUCGGCUUCCAAACAAUCUCCUCUAUCCCAGACCUGGAAACCAGAUGAUACAUUGAUGGCAGGAGUUGCUUUCGCCCGAUACCUUCUAAUUGGUUGCUGGAAGAAUUUGAUCGACACCUUAUCAACCCCUCUGACUGGCCGCAUGGCAGGCAGCUCCAAAGGAUUAGCGUUCAUUCUUGGGGCUGAAGGCAUCAAGGAGCAGAACCAAAAGGAGAAGGAUGCCAUCUGCAUGAGUCUAGACGGGCUAAGGAAGGCAGCUCGGCUCAGUUGUGCUUUAGGUGUUGCUGCUAAUUGUGCGUCAGCCCUUGCUCAGAUGGCAGCCGCCUCGUGUGUUCAAGAGGAGAAAGAGGAAAGAGAUGCCCAAGAGCCCAGUGAUGCCAUUGCUCAAGUAAAACAGAAAGUGGAGCAAAAACUGGAACAGAUGGGGAAGGCGCAAGGUGUCUGCCUCCACACCGCUCAUGUUUUAUGCAUGGAUGCUGUUCUUGCUGUGGGAUUGGAGAUGGGAAGCCACAACCCAGACUGUUGGCCUCACGUGUUUAGAGUAUGUGAAUACAUCAGCACUCUGGAGCAUGCCCAUUUCAGUGAUGGCACUUCUCAGCCACCUGUAACUAUCACCCAAGCCCAACAGGGGGCAGUGGCACUUCAGGGUGAAGUACAGGCUACAGACUUUCCCCAGGAACUGAUUCUGGAGCAAGAGGCAGCCCUGAGGAACAAUCCUGUCAUCCAACCAGUAUCCAUUCAGGAUCUCGUCAAAGAAAGCAGUAAGGGAAGAGCUUUUGAUUUUCGGGGAGGCAGCCUGAUGACUGGGAGCAAUGCUGCCAAGGCUAUCCUCACCCUCUCUAAUCAAGCCGACAGGCUUUUUGAAGAUGCUGUGGACAAACUGAAUCUGAUGGCUUUGGGAGGUUUCCUGUACCAGCUAAAAAAGGCCUCCCAAUCCCAACUCUUCCAGUCAGUUACAGACACAGUCGAUUACUCUUUGGCCAUGCCAGGAGAAAUAAAAUCCACUCAAGAAAGAAGUGCACUUCACUUGUUCCGUCUAGGAGGAGCCAUGCUCCGAAUUGUGAGGAGUAGAAAACGGCCUUUGCUCCAUCUUAUGCGUUGUUGGCACCUAGUGGCUCCUCACUUAGUGGAAGCUGCCUGCCAUAAAGAAACACAUGUUUCUCGGAAGGCUGUUUCUUUUAUCCAUGACAUCCUUACAGAGGUUCUGACAGUUUGGAAUGAACCGCCUCAUUUUCACUUCAACGAGGCACUUUUUCGUCCCUUUGAGCGCAUCAUGCAGCUUGAACUUUGUGAUGAGGACAUUCAGGAUCAGGUGGUCACAUCUAUAGGAGAGCUGGUGGAGGUGUGCUCAACUCGAAUUCAAUCAGGCUGGAGACCAUUGUUCAGUGCUUUAGAAACUGUGCGCAGCAGCAGCAGCAAAUCAGAAGUUAAAGAGUAUCUUGUUGGAGAGUAUUUGAUGGGAAAAUGCCAGGCUCCAGUAUUUGAUGUCUUUGAAGCUUUUCUAAAUACCGACAACAUCCAAGUCUUUGCAAAUGCAGCCACCAGUUACAUCAUAUGUCUUAUGAAGUUUGUCAAAGGAUUGGGGGAAACAGAUUGCAAGGAUAUUGGUGACUGUACAUCAGGAUACCCAUCUACAGAUUUGUGCCUUCCUGCUCUUGAUUAUCUCAGGAAGUGUUCCCAGCUACUUGCCAAAAUCUACAAAAUGCCCUUGAAGCCUAUUUUUCUCAGUGGGAAAUUUGCUAAUGUACCCCAAAGGGUCCAGGAACAAUCCACGAGCAGCGAGGAUGGCAUUGAAUGUGUCCUUUCUGAGUUUGAUGACGACACAGGCCUUAUUAAUGUCUGGAUCCUUCUGCUAGAAGAGCUAACCACUGCCAUAUCUAAUUGUCCUCGGCAACACCAGCCUCCUACUCUGGAUCUGCUCUUCGAACUGCUAAGAGACAUUACCAAAACACCAGGCCCAGGAUUUGGUAUUUAUGCAGUUGUACACCUCCUGCUCCCUACAAUGUCUCUUUGGCUUCAUCGCAGCCACGGUGAUCAUUCUUACUGGGAUGGGGCAUCCUCUAAUUUCAAGCAUGCCAUUGGCCUUUCCUGCGAAUUAGUGGUGGAACACAUUCAAAGUUUCAUACAUUCAGAUGUUGGCUAUGAAAAUAUGAUCAACACAAUGCUCAAAGAUCUUUUCAAGUUACUUGUAGCUUGUGUAGCGGAAACCACCGAAACCAUCUCUAGAGUCGGCUGUUCUUGUAUCAGAUAUGUGCUAGUGACAGCUGGUCCUGUUUUUACUGAAGAAAUGUGGCGUCUGGCAUGUUGUGCCUUAGAGGAUGCUUUUUCAACUACUCUUGAACCAGUGAAGAAUCUGUUGGGCUAUUUCCACAGUGGCUCUGAAAAUCUGAGCAGUGAUGCCUGUGAGAUGAAAAUGGCAGCUCCUUCAAUCUCCCCAAGUGCCGAAGCUGAAUACUGGAGAAUAAGGGCGAUGGCCCAACAAGUGUUCAUGUUGGACACCCAGUGCUCCCCAAAGACACCAAAUAACAAGGAAGGAUUUGAGCAUGCUCAGUCUUGUCUGCUUAUUAUUGAGCUGCCUCCAGAUAAGAAGUCCAAUGGCCACUCACAGAAAAGUAUCCCUUUCAGAACAAUUGUAGUGAGCCUGCUUUCCCACCAAGUGCUGCUGCAGAAUUUAUACGAUAUUUUGUUGGAAGAAUUUGUGAAAGGGCCCUCACACAGUGAAGAGAAGGUAGUACACCAAUUGUCAGAAACCAAACUCACUGGUUUCCUCAGGUACAUUUCUAUGCAGAACUUGGCUGUCAUCUUUGAUUUACUCUUGGACUCCUACCGAACAGCCAGAGAGUUUGAUACAAGGACUGGGCUGAAGUGCUUGCUCAAAAAGGUAUCUGGCAUUGGUGGGGCCGCCAACUUGUACCGCCAGUCGGCUAUGAGCUUCAAUAUCUACUUCCAUGCCUUGAUCUGUGCUAUUGUGACCAAUCAGGAAAAUAUCACUGCGGAACAGGUGAAGAAAAUCCUUUUUGAAGAGGAUGAAAGGAGCACGGAUUCGUCCCAGCAAUGCUCUUCGGAAGACGAAGACAUUUUUGAAGAGACUGCUCAAGUCAGCCCACCAAGGGGGAAAGAGAAGAGGCAAUGGAGGGCCAGGUUGCCAUCUUUGAGUGUUCAGCCCGUGAGCAAUGCAGACUGGGCUUGGCUAAUCAAAAGGCUUCACAAACUCUGCAUGGAGUUAUGUAAUAACUACAUUCAGAUGCAUUUGGAUUUGGAAAAUAGUGCCGAUGAGCUCCCUGUCUUCAGAGGAGACCCUGUCUUAAUCCUUCCAGCCUUCCAAUCAGAAAUAUCCACACCAUCUACUGGAGCCCUUUCCGGGAAAAACACCCCUUCGGAAGAUGAUAGAAGCCAGAUUAGGGACUCCCUCACCGAAAACUUCAGUCCUAAGGGAAGUACAGAUAUUUUGCUUCUUCCACCUUUGAGCCCCAAAAUGGAGAAGAAAGACCAAGGCAGAAAAAAAGAAUGGUGGGAGAGUGCUAGCAACAAAAUUUACACCAUAGCAACAGAUAAAACCAUAUCAAAACUAAUGACGGAAUAUAAAAAAAGAAAGCAACAGCAGCAUAACUUGGCUAAUUUCUCCAAGGAGAUGAAUGCUGACAAGAAAGGGGAUCCGCUCGGCACAAGAGGGCCAGAGUCACCUCUCCCCCAACGGCCACAGAAUCUGAUUGAUCAAGGCCAGAUGAGGCACUCCUUUAGUGCAGGACCAGAGAUUCUGAGGCAAGAAAAGAGGCCGCGGUCCGGGUCGACUGCCAGCUCAUUCGGUAUAUCAAUCCGGGAUGGGGAGGCACAAAUACAGGCAUGGACCAACAUGGUUCUGACAGUUCUUAAUCAGAUUCAAUCCCUACCAGACCAGAUCUUCAUCGCUCUACAACCAGUGGUAUUUCCCUGCAUCAGUCAAUUGACUUGCCAUGUGACUGAUAUCCGGGUUCGUCAGGCUCUGAGAGAAUGGCUAGGAAGAGUGGGCAGGGUUUAUGACAUCAUUGUGUAGACGACUUUAGCUGCCUUAUCAAAGAGAGACUGAAAUCUAAGAUACUUUGAGGAACAGAAAUAAAGUGCAUUUGUUGAAAACUUGUCUAUUUAAAAAAAAUGGUAGAAGGAUGUAUAUCUGCCCAUUUGCUAGUCAGUAAUAACUAGCAAGCUGUAUCCCAUGCUGCUAAAUCUUAAGAGCACAGUGUAGUCCUACUCAUGACACCAGAGAAUGUAAUAUAGCAGAGUAUGACAGAAAGAGUCUUUGUAUUAAAUUUGAAAUAGGUAUCUAGAAGGCUGAUAUUCCGACAGGCUGACAGGCUCAGAGUGUUUGAUACUGCAUAUUUUUUAAAGAACAGGAAGGUAGCAAAGAAGAUUGUGGAGCAAGGAAAACAGCGUGGAAUGGACACAGCUAUGUAAUAGGUUUUGUCCAGAUUGACCAUUGAGAAUGUAACGAUGGCUGAGAAGUCUGUAGUACAGAUUUCUGUUAUGUCUUAAAUGAGGCAUCUGAUCCUUAAGCCAUCUAAAUUUAAAACCAUAGCUGUACCAAUAAACAGGAGAGCCCAUUUAUUCUAACCUUUAUAAAACACUGACAGCGAAAACUAGGCCUCCAGACUUAGGAAGUGACAAUAUUUCAAUGUGAUUGUAACAGGUUUUCAGAGAGAAGUACUUACCAUCUUGGAAGUACUGCAGGCACCAUGCAUUAUUUCAUAUUGCUAUAAGGUGUCUGUCUAAAAAUUGGUAUAAUUGUCCAAUGCUCAUUUGAGAAAUGAGUUUAAGUGAUUUUUCUCGUUUUGAUGCAAACCCAAGACCAAAAAUAUAUUUUCUCUGUUAUGUAAAUUGCAAACACUACUUGGGUUUCCUGGUUCUAUAUCUUUGCUCAUUCCCUUCACUGGGUGUUAAGAAAUGCUGUGAAAUGUGUCCCAGGUUUUCUGUUUUCAGGCUUUCCAUUUUAUAUUGCCUGGCUUCUCUGUCAGGACAAAAGAAUCUAAAAAUUAGGCACAUGACUAGAAUAUGUAGAGUUAUCAAAUUUUUGCCCUUAUAACAAAUCUGUAAAAUAGAUCAUUCUCAGAGAUAUUUAGUGACCUUUGUAGUUUUAUGGCCAAGCAGAAAUAUCAUUCACUCAUCAUUCUUUUCUUAAGUCAAACUGGGUGACAUCCAUAGCUGAAAAUAAAGAAGUGUAAGAAAUGUUACAUUGAUUAUGGGACAGAUUGAGCCACCACAUCUAUUUAUUUACUACCUUUAUAUAAUGCUUUCUCUCUCUGUUUUCUUGCAGAGAAUAGAGCAUAACUUUAAACAUUAGUGUAUAAUUUAAUAGUCUAGUCACAACUGAGAAAAGGAUACACAAGAAAGGGAAAACACACACGUUUAUAUAAUGUGAUCAUUAUAUAAAAGGCAGUUCUUGUAGAAGAAAAAAAGGAGAAAAAUCAGUGUCUCAUUUGUGGGAAGCUGAAGUUAUGGAGGUAGCUGGCUGGUAUAGCUGUGAAUGGAAAGGAAGAGCAGCCAGUUAGAUGUUAAUCCCAGUAAGGGAACUUGGGAAAGGCAGCUGUCACCUCAUCUUGCCUUCAUAAUAGCAUUUGCACCCUGACAACUUCUCACACUGAAAUUGGCCACAAUUGUCUUAAGUCAGGAUCUCCAAACAUAUAGAAGGCUCAAAGAACAUGACCGUGUUUUCUGUCCCUAUAUUUGACCAAUAGCAGAUUGACUAGAACUCCCCAGCCACCCACCCAAUUUCUCUGUAAUGAUCAUACAGAAAUACAAACUCCAAAAUCCCCACGAGAAUUUGCUCUGAUGGGAAGCUAUAGUAUAUGAGGUAAGGUUGGUUGGAAAAAUGCAAAUGAAGCACUAAUAUCCUCUGAUGGUUUCUUAGCCAAUUCAAAAUCAACCCUUUCGUACACUUCAACACAAGUAUGGAUUGUACAUGUGAAAUCACUUCUUAUUGCAGAAAAUUUUUCCACCAGCUAUUUUUCCUUAAAGCUGUGACCAAUUCUUAAGGAUCCUAUUCUGGUUGGAAUGCAAGAGUGAAGGAAGAUGAGUUGUAAAUAUUGGAAAGUUGUAGAUCAAGAUACAGUGGAUGCCCAUGAGUUCAGGGGCAGAUGGCAUGGAAGGCAUGAGAUUUUAUCACUGAGAAAACCAAUGACCCACAAGGUCUGCAGAGAUAGUGAUUAAGUUUCUUUAGAUCCAAAAGCAAGUGGCAUGAGAUCAGUCUGGUCUGGAGCUGAUGCCAGAGGAAUUCAGGACACUAGUGUGAAAGUGCCUACUAGGCAGCUGGUGAAUAAUGAAUCCCAGCUAUGCCAAUAAAGAAGAGCUCACCUUUGAACUACUGCUAAAACUGAACAAUUGGUGGCCAUGUUUCACUACUCCAAAAAUGGUACAUAGUAUGUGAGCCCACACACUUUCCUCAUGUCUUACAUCAGGGGUGUCAAGUUUGUUUUCAUUCACGGCCACAUCAGGGUUGUGUUUGACCUCGGGGUGGCUGGGGUGGGCGUGGCCAGCUUGAUGUCACUCAUGUCAGGGGCGCCUGUGGUGGCCCAAGCACUCUGCCAGUGAAAAGGGGUUCCUGGGCUCCAUUUCCAGGUGGCCUCCUGCAACCCUUUGCUAGCGAAAACAGAGCUCACCUGGCCAUCCCAAGCUCCGUUUUACCUGGCAGAGGCGCCAUGAGCUGGUCCUUCAUUGUUUCCAGGGACGCCCCGCGGGCUUUGAGUUUGUUACCCCUGUCUUACAUGAAUAUGAUUAAACACUGCAUCUGCCUUUUCUCUCUUCAUUAAGUCAUUGUUGGAAUAUGCCCAAAUGACAGCUUGUAUCAGCAAGUGUUAGAGGCACCAGCAAAGUAUUCUGUGUGCCAUGUUGAGAUAAAGUUGGGAUCAAAUUUAUGAGCAAUGCAGCAUUGCCUGUUGUGCUAGCCUUCAUUUUCAACCAUAGUCAUCGAGCUGAUUGAGUGGAAGAGCCUUAAUCAGCCUCAUAUAGGAUGCCUUGCAGCUUGCUUGAACAGUAAACAGUCCUGUUUCCUUUGCUUCCCUGCUUUCUCAUUCAGUUAACAGAAGACUUUGAAUGUAUAAGUUGUGUCAGUUGCUGCUGAACUCUAGUGAUUGUCUAUUAUGAAUUAUGGAAUUCUUUGUCAGUGCUAUGCCCUGAGAUGAUCGUUUGAUUCUUCUAUUUGUUUGUUCUUUAAGAUUUAAAUAAUGCUGUGUUUCUAUGGUUCUUUGUGAAGAAGAAAUUGUUUUAGGGGAACAUUUGCCCUUAGUUUACCUACAUUGUUUGUUAGUGAGAUCUUAUAUGCGUACUCUAGCUUGUACUUUGAAGCAUCUGUCGAACGUGGUAACGAGCAGAGAAACCGAAUCAUCAUACUCAAGAAUUUUUCAUCUGUUCUCCUGAAUGCUGAAAAAAAAUGUUUGGAUUUCAAGUGUUGCUUUUCAGUUCUGUGCUGUUAGGUAUAGGUUACUUGUUCAUUGUGUGCGUGGAAUAACGAAGUGCUAACGUAUACAAAAAGCGACAUAACAAAGUGUAACAAACUUGUAGGGCCACUAUUACAAAGCAGGCAACAAUGAAUUAUUAUUUAUUUCAAAGAAGGGAAGUAUUACACAUUCCUGCCAUUACCAAGAAUGACCAUUGAUUGUAAACCAUUUCAGUUGCUGCUAUCACCACAAGGGCAAGUGGUAGAUAGACAACAGUUCCUGCGGAAGAUCAUCAUAAUAUUUGUUUAUUUAUUUAUUCAGGGUGACUGAAAGUAUUAUGUAACUAGUUGGCUGAAAGUUCAGCCAAACUUAAAGAAAAACAUUCACUGGGAAGAAAAAGGAGAAAGUGCCUCAUUCUGAGGAUAGGUCGAUAAUCUCAAGGGAGGAAACUAGAGAAUUAUUUUGAUAUUUAAUUGAAAAUCACUGGGUGGAAGGACAAGUUUUAUUUUUCAUGGUUUCCAACUUCUAUAGACUUUUUAUGGAAACACAUGUCAUAAAACUGGGAGGUACAUUUGCCUAAGGUGCUUUUGGCCUCCCAAGCGAGCCAUGGGUGCACAUUUGUGGAUGGAGACAUUAGACUUCAUGUGUGUGCCAAUCUAUCUGCCCUUUCCAUUUUCUGAAUGACCAAACUCCUGUGAGCCCAGAGCUCAUGUUUGCAUUUUGAUCCUGCAAGGCCCUCCUGGGUCAGGGAAUUGCACUUCUCCAGUAGUGACUGCAAAAUCAGCCAGUCAUACACUCAGUAACUUGGUCUCCACAUGUCUCUGAAUGAAGAAUAGGCAGGGGAAAGGACAUUCUUCAGGGCAGAAACUUGUCCCCUAUUUCACUAUGCAAAGUGUGGGUCGUGAUUAUGGGAUCUAAAGAUGGAAUUUGCACAUUCAAGGAAUCAGAGGGCAGUCACAGAAUGUAGUUGCUCUGGAUCAAUUUUAUUUGUAUGUGUCCAUAGUGCAAAAGCAAUUUAUAGUGGACCCUGAUUUCCAUAUUCUAAAUAUUCCCCUCCUAACAGCUGCCCAUGAUUUGGAGGCACAAGUAGGAAAAACAAACGCUGACAGCAGUGACAGAAAGUGUAGGAGUUAGAAAUUUCACACAGUGCUGUUUAUGUAUAUGCUUUGUCUUAACUAACCAGGUCCUGCAAUUAUUACUUUCCCCAGACAGAUUCUAUGCCAAACAAGUGAAAUGCAACCCCCAAAGGAGCAUCUUCUCUCUUAUACCAAAGAUCCAAUUUGUAAAAAAAAUAAAAGUAAAAUCGCAGUGCUUGCCACAAUUGGCUUGUAUCACUAGUAGACACGAAAAGACAGGAAUCCAAAGUAUUUUGAAGGGGACAAAGACAUCCUUUCCAGCCAAGGUUCAAUGGGUCCUCACAGUUUGUUGUCUUUGGAUUUGUUUUAUGCUGGCCGAUGAAAACCUAUAAGGAAUAUCUGUUGACAAAAUGUCUGGAUCCUGCCAUAGCUUUCCUUGUGCUCUUAAAAAUACCUCCCCUAAGCCCUCUUCUUCUUUUGGUAUAUAUGGGGAGGGGAGAGGGAGGGACAUAUCUGAACCAUUUCUCUCGUGUGUUAUGUUUAAGAACAGUUUGUUGUAAGCCACUUUGCAAAAUGUAUUUUGUGUAUAUUUUGUUCGGAGGGAAUUCUUAAAGGAGGAUAUUUUAAAACGAAUCAUAAUUAUUUGUGUUGCUUGUGUUAUACAAUAAAGAAACUACAAAAAAG